AUGGCCACCGUCACCAUCACUGUGAUGAGCCUCCUGCUUCUAACCUGGUUGCCCGUGGGGUUGACCCACCAAGAUCCCCCAUCUUGGGGGAAACCCCGAAGCCAUAGGACCCUGCGGUGCUAUUCUGCUGAGGAACUGUCUCAUGGCCAGGCUCCUCCACACCUGCUAACUCGAAGUGCCAGGUGGGAGCAGGCCCUCCCUGUGGCCCUGGUGGCCAGUUUGGAGGCCACGGCUCACAGGAGACAGCAUGAAGGACCUCUAGCUGGAACACAGUGUCCCGUGCUGCGGCCGGAAGAGGUGCUGGAAGCUGACACCCACGAGCGCUCCAUCUCACCGUGGAGAUAUCGUAUCGACACAGAUGAGAACCGUUACCCACAGAAGUUGGCGGUGGCAGAAUGCUUGUGUCGUGGUUGCAUCAAUGCCAAGACAGGCCGUGAGACAGCUGCCCUGAACUCCGUGCAGCUGUUGCAGAGCCUGCUGGUACUACGGCGACAGCCCUGCUCCCGAGACGGCACAGCAGACCCUACGCCAGGAUCCUUCACCUUCCACACUGAGUUCAUCCGUGUGCCUGUUGGCUGCACCUGUGUUCUUCCCAGGUCUACAUAGUGACAACCUCUGUGGUGCAUCCGGAUCCUUCCAGAACACACAUUGCAGGCACCUCCACAGAGGACACCUUCUAUUUAUGUGUAUUUAUUGAUUAUUUAUUGACUUAAGAGAAGCAGAAGCUAUA